AUGGACAUAUCCAAUCUUGAGGACUCAGUCAGGCAGCAGGAUCUUGUUUCUGGCAGAAAUGGAAAGCAAGUCAUAGUCGGCAUAUCAGAGGAGCAGGAGGAGCGCUCAAAUGAAAAAAGUUCGGAUCUUGUAAUGGAAGACACCAACGAUGCCCCUCAUGAUUUCUACUCUCAAAGUCAUGACGAACUUGUCAGAGAGAUUGCAGAGCUCAAGUCUCGAUUGCUCAAUCUGGAGAAUUUGUCGAAAGGGGGGGGAGAUCAUGAACGCCCCCAAGCCGCUCCAAGUACUCCUCCACGGGGGCGUCAAACCUCUGUGGAAACCCCAGGCAAGAAUACUAUCGAGAUGAACAACCUCGAAUCUGCAGCGAGCGACGACCACUUACCUACUGUGACCCAUCCCCUCAGCAAUCGAUACUUUGGCGUAAAGCUUAUCAGGAAGUGGAAAAAGUCCAAUGGAUACUACGACCAGGAGGCGAAGGACAUCGAUUCUCCAGACCAGCUUUCUGCUAACACUACAUCUCCUGAAGAUGAUACUUGGUUGACAAUCACGGAAACAGCGGACUCUGAAGGAGACAAAGGUUUAGCAGGCAAUACACGAAGCCUGACUAUCGCUGAUAGGCACAUACUCGACCUUUUACGAAGUGAAUUGGGCCCGUACAUCGACCACGUUGGCAAAAAGUCCUGGGGUGCCAGAAUUGUCACUUUACCAGUCUCAUUCAAUCCCAUCGUUCUCAAUUGGAAUCAUUUGCGUCAGGUUUACAAUGCCAUGUCAUAUGAAAAAAAUGGGGCCACCCGUACGAAGCUUGAAGUGUUGCUGGAGUGUGUGCAGAGAAUAUAUCCGUCAAUGACUAAGUUUCAAGAAGAACGGCAGAACGCACCCGAAAUUGCCUGGAAAGACAUGGAGGUCUUAUUCAUUCCGGGAACUCUGAUUGUCGCUAACUGGAAAGAACAUGGUUCACCUCAGAUAAGCAAUGCGCCGCAGGUCUUCAAGGUGAACCAUUUGAGUAUCAAGGACGAAAUUUUCCGAAUCACAGCCUGGCUUUGGGAUUCAGACGGAACUCACCAGGCCCCAAGGCGCACCAUGUAUUCCUUUGGUAUCAAAAAGUAUACCGAUCGCCGUCGAAUUGAACAACUGCCAUACUACCCGGUCGAGUUCUUUAGAUACAAGGAUAAGAUAGGGGUGGAAGCUAUUCGUUCUCACCCCGAAUACGAUAACCGCAAGCGAUUAUUCCAGGAAUAUGCCCUAAAAGUGAAGGGAUCCAAAACAAUCCUGAAAUACGAAGACGAGGUUCUCAAUCUUCUCGGUUCCAUGGAGGUUGACAAAUCAUUGGCUUCCUUCUUGAUUGGCCCUACGCUGUCAAAGAGGGUAGACUCUACAGAACUGGUGAUGAACUGUAGAUAUGUGAAGAUCAACGAUGAAAUUGUCAUUGACGUCAGAAACUACAUGCGUAAGAGCGCGGGGUCACGUUUCCUGGGUAAUCACUAUCCCGCCCUUCAUACAUCUAUCUGCCACUGCUCUCUCUGCAUUGAUGAUGCCACAAAGGAGUGGUGCAAUUCGUUUACAUCAGAAGAUACACCUUCAGAAGAGAAUAUCAACGACCUUCUGCUCGCGCCGCGUGUCUUCGGCUACGCCUUAGCCAGAAAGAUCUGGUGCCAGUUCUCGUUGAACAUGAUCAAGCCGGAAAUCAUUAAAGACGUCGAGAUCUCAGAUGACGACUUCAUUCUGCCAGAAGGAAUUGAAAAAAGCGAUCUCGUGGACAUCGAACAUAUGGUCAAGACUCAUACAGCAGUGAUGUCUCGAAAAACGGAGGAGCGCAUUGGUGAUGCUGUUGGAGGCAAAGGUGAAAGCCUGAUCCUUCUCUUCCAUGGUGUUAGUGGGACCGGGAAAACGCUUCUGGCCGAAUCCCUUGCUCAGAAGUCUGGCAAGCCACUCUAUAAGGUCGGCACCAGCGAUAUUGGGCUCGAAGUGAGUGAGGCCGAGAAGAAGUUGAAGGAGAUAUUUGAACUUGCAGAAGCAUGGGAUGCUUUGUUAUUGAUUGACGAAGCUGAUGUGUUAUUGGAUGCCAGGGGCACCACUAAUGAAGGCGCACUUGCAAAAAACUCCUUGGUCUCGGUACUACUGCGAGAGGUGGAGUAUUUCAAAGGUGUGUUGAUCAUGACGACUAAUCGAGUUGUGGCUUUUGAUCCAGCCAUUCUAUCGCGUAUUCACUACGCCGUCAACUUUACGAAACUCAAUACAGACCAGCAGCAAAGACUCUGGCAAGGGUGGCUGAGAAGAUUGGAUGCUAUAAGUCUCUGCGAGAACAGUGACGAGAUCAGGAUAUGGAUCGAAAAUCUCAAGUCGAAGAGGACGGGAGGCGGGUAUCCCUUGAAUGGCCGCGAGAUUCGCAACAUCGUCAUUGUCGCACAGACCAUGGCGUUCCAAGAUGGCAAACGAAGCAAAUUGAAGGUAACCCAUCUCCAAACGGCUUACAAUUCGAAGGUCAACUUUCGUACGGAUACGGAAAAGCUACAUAUCCAAGCUGAACAGCUUCUGGCGAAAAAGGGGUCUCAUUUGUAA